CUGCGCUGCCCCACGCCCGCUCGGAGCUGCGAGCCCAUGGCGUGGCCGGUCCUGUGCCCCCGUCCGCUGCCGCCCUCCGCUCCCGCUUCCAUGCACCGGUGGCCGUCCGGCACUGCUGCCUCCCCCCUCCCCGAGCCCAUGUGCGGCCGCUCCGGCGGGGCUAGAGCGACGGCAGCGGUUCGGCGGCGGCUUCGGCGACGCGGCGGAGCCCAGCGGCUGCUGCCCGACGUGAGGAGCAUCUUCGGGGUCCCGCGGGAAGCGGCGGAACCCGGCCGAGGGCACAGCUUCGCCUUCCGACCCCCGCGGCGCGGCUGGUGCGACCUGUGCGGAGAGGCGGUGCGGGAGCGAGCGCUGCGCUGCGACUACUGCAGGUACACCUGCCACCAGGAGUGCCGUGGCCUCAUCCAGCUGGAUUGUCGCCAUCCAGGCCAGUGCCAGAGCCAGCUCUCGCCCGAGGGCACCCUCCUGCCACCCUGCAGCCAGAAUGUAAGGCAAAAGGUAGAAGAAGAAAAACCUGAGCCUCCAACCCUCCAGGAGAUCAAAGAGAGGAUUGACAAAUACAACACAAAAGUGACCAACUGCCUGCUGAUGAAGCUGAACGAGGAUGGGACCUACACAGGCUUCAUUAAGGUGCAUCUGAAGCUGCGCCGCCCUGUGACGGUGCCGGCAGGGAUCCGCCCGCAGUCCAUCUACGAUGCCCUCAAGGAGGUGAACCUGGCUGACAUGACAGACAAGAGAACCUCUUUCUACUUGCCCCUGGAUGCCAUCAAGCAGCUCCACAUCAGCAGCACGACCACGGUGAGCGAGGUGAUCCAGGGGCUGCUGAAGAAGUUCAUGGUGGUAGAUAACCCCCAGAAGUUUGCACUGUUCAAGGAGAUGCGGAAGGAUGGGCAAGUGCUCUUCCAGAAGCUUCCUCUCACCGAGUACCCUCUGUACCUGCGCCUGCUGGCUGGCCCCGACACCGACGUGCUCAGCUUCGUGCUGAAGGAAAAUGAAACAGGGGAAGUUGAGUGGGAUGCAUUCUCCAUCCCUGAGCUACAGAACUUCCUGAUGAUUCUGGACAAAGAAGAAAAGGACAAAAUCCAGCAGGUGCAAAAGAAGUAUGAGAAGUUUAAACAGAGACUGCAACAGACCUUGAAAGAAGCUGGAGGCAAGCCUGGAUAACCUCUGGGAGGCCCUGGGCAGCAGACUAAGCUAGAGACUGGUUUUAAACUGAAAAGACACUUCUCAGGACAACUCACAGAAGUCACUCUCCCUCUUCAUCCUCCCAUUAAGGACUGGCUCACAGCACCCAGGCUGCAUUCUCCUCUUCUUCUGAAACCUCUUAAGCCAGGCCAGGAGCCAGCCCAAGAACAGGAGGCCUGGAUCAAACCAUGCCUGCCAACAAACCCAAGGCAGCUGCUGGGUCACUGCUCCACUCCACCACCAGAUGGGGAAGCUUGGUGGAAAAUGCUUGGUGUGAGAGCCCCCAGGGACAUCUCCUGGGCAGGGUGCCACUUGCUGCUCACAGCCCUCCCAGCAGCUUGCUUUGCCCUUGUUUUGAGGUGCUGGGAGUCUUCUUGCUUCUUGUUUCUUAAGUAGAGCACAGGAAGCCACAGACCAAAUAGAGGAGGUGGUUGCAGCAAGCCAUGUGGGUGUUGCAGCUGGCCCUGUGUUGUUCAGGGCUUAGGUAAGGCAGGGAAAUGUCAAGUGAUGGCAGCAAGGCAGCUGCAACACCCAAAGCAGUCUUAGUUAAGUGUCACUGAGAUGUGGCAGGAGUCAUUCCAGGAGAAGUCAUCCGGUUUUGGUUGUGUUUGACUGCCAAGUUUUGCAAACAGAAGUGACCUAAGCCAGCCCCAGCCCUGGUGCUGAGCUUGGUCAGCCAGGGUCUGGCCAGGGGGUUUCACUCUGUAGGGAUUGGGACUUUGUGUGUUAAAGAGAUUCUGGUUGAAAAGACUGAAGCUGCUGGUGGGACCCCAGGCUGCUGGUGGCACCCCAGGCUGCUGGUGGGACCCCAGGCUGCUGGUUCCAUAGUGAGUGUUUAGCAAUAGCUACCCACCAGGCUAACCCAGGGACUACUCAACAGCCCUUUCACAAAUCAGACUGAUGUUUAGCUCUGGACAGAUCUGGCACUGAGGGAGAAGAGCUCCAGUCAGGGCCAGGCUGUGGAGGUAGCACCAAGAGCACAGGUUGCCUGUGUGGGGGAAGCCUUAGGGGCAGGAUGAGUAAGGGAACCAUUAGCCCCAGGUGCUUUUAGGUGCCACUUCUGCUGCUGUGCUCCCUCUCCCCUCCCUGUGCCACUCUGUGUUCUGCUGCCCUCCCUCCUCUCAAUGGGUGCUCUGCCUGGCAUGCCCAAGGAGGUUACCAGGUUUUGCUCUCUGUGUGGAGCUAGGAGAGGACAGCAGGUCUCUGCCUCUCCCCCUCUCUCAGGGCUCCAACCAUCUCCAGUGCACACUGUGCAGCCUUCAGGAAAAUCCUCCAGCUGGAGCAUCAGUUACUGCCCUAACUCCCACCAGAGCCCCUGGCCUUGCUGCUGCCCCAUGCCACUGCUCCAGGGGUGCCAUGCUGAGAGAGAGUGGUCCCCAGGCUUCCUCUGAGUGCUUUGUACCGAGCACACUGCACACAGCCAGGCUCAGUCUUCCCUCUGUUUACACAGGACACCCCAAAAAGCCUAAGGAGAAACCAGAACCUUGACAGGAGCAGGUGGAAGGGUUUCAUGUUAGCUUGAUGGAGAAGUGUGGCCCUUUGGGGGGGCUUGCUGGAAGCUGCUGUGAUCCCCCCCCCGUGUUAACAGGGAAGGGAGGCAGCAGGCUGCUGGGGAACAGCUACCACAGAGACAAAGGAGAAGAAUCUCACAUUUACCUCAGUGCCUUUUUAAGUUGUUCUUUGCCUCAAGUGUGGAAAGUUUUGCAUUGGGGCUACUGAGGAUGCUGGAAGGGGAUUUAGUCAAGAGGUCUCCUCAGUCCUGUCCCCCUAACUGAGUGCUGCUGUGCUGACAGGAUGCUUCUGUCUGUAGAGGGACAAGGAAAUGUUCUGUUCCUUUCCUGAAGGUGACUGCUUGGGAAGGGGUUUGGUCAAGAGGUCUCAGUCCUGUCCCCCUAACUGAGUGCUGCUGUGCUGAGAGGAUGCUUCUGUGUGUAGAGGGACAAGGAAAUGUUCUGUUCCUUUCCUGAAGGUGACUGCUUGGGAAGGGGUUUGGUCAAGAGACCUCCUCAGUCCUGUCCCCCUGGGUGCUGUUGUGGUGAGAGGAUGCUUCUGUGUGUAGAGGGACAAGGAAAUGUUCUGUUCCUUUCCUGAAAGUGGCUGCUUGGGGCUUGAUUUCUCUUUUCUUUCCUCCAGAUGUGUGCUUGGGAGUGUGUUUGUUGCUGCUGGUCAGAGAGGAACUGCAGCACUCAAAGCCCCUGGGUUUGUGUCGGUGCCACUUUACUGCAGGCUUCAUCCCAGCUCCUGCUUUACUCAGCAGUGUAAAAGGGUUUGCUAAGGGGAGGGUCUGGCCUCUGGCACCCGGGGCAGGAAGGGGCUCCCUCCUGUACUGUACUUUACACCCAGAUGACCUUUACCAAGGUGGCAGCAGCCCAAGCAGAGCAGCAGUUUCCACGCUCUGGGGCUGUCUGUCCAGUUCCAAGCCUGCUAAUUACUUCACCAGGCACUUGGGAAGUGAUUUCAAUCGCACUGCUCCUGUGCUAUAAAUAACUUCUGCUCACUGGAGAGGAAGAGCACUGCAAAAAAAAAACCUCCACCAACUGCCAUGGGUUCUGAGGAGAGCCAGAGGCUUGCUUGGGAUCCCUCUGUCUUUCUGCAGAAAAGCUGUAAAGAGCUUUUCUCUUUGCCCCAAUCUCUCUCUCCUCUGUGCCCUCCUCUCUUUCCCACUCCUUUGCCCCCCUCUCUCCCCCUUUGUCCCACUCUCUCUCUCUCUGUCCCCUCUCUUUGCCUCUCUCUCCCCUCUUUGCCCCACUCUCUGUCCCCUCUCUUUGCCCUUCUCUCUCUCCCUCUCUCCCCCCUUUUUGCCCUCCUCUCCCCCCUCUUUGCCCUUCUCUCUCUCCCUCUCUCUCCCCUCUUUUUGCCCUCCUUUCCCCCUCUUUGCCCUUCUCUCUCUCCCUCUCUCUCCCUUUUUGCCCUCCUCUCCCCCCUCUUUGCCCUUCUCUCUCCCUCUCUCUCCCCCCCUUUUUGCCCUCCUUUCCCCCCGCUCUGCCCCACUCUCUCUCUCUCCCCCCCUUUGCCCCACUCUCUCUCUCCCUGUCCUCUCUCUUUGCCCCUCUCUCCCUCUCCCCUCUCUCCCUCUCCCCCCCUUUACCCCCCUCUCUCCCCUUUUUGCCCCACUCUCUCUCUCUGUCCCCCCUUUGCCCCUCUCUCCCCCCCCGUCACCCCCCUCUUUGCCCCACACUCUCUCUCCUUUUUUCUUCUUCCUUGCUGUUCUUUUUUACUGAUCCUGGUGACUGUCUCCUCCUCCUCCUCCUUCCCCAGCCCCCAGCAUGUCUUUAGCUUUAUGCAAUUACCACGAUGCUGCUGAAAACCUCCCACCAAAGGGCAGGACUGUUCCUUUUGCUGGGGGGGGGAGUCUGUUUUGUUUUCCAGGUAAGGGGCAUUUGAAGAACUCACUAAAUCCUAGAGCUCAAAAGGAUUUGCCCCUUCCUUAAGUGGCAGUGCCUUUGGUUUGUGUGCUGUUGUCUUUGCCCUAGUUGCUGUGAGUUUCUUUCUUUCCAGGUCUGGUGUAAGCCAUGUAAAAUAUGAUGUGUAUGGACUGGGACAGCAAAGCUUCUAUGGCAAAGUGAGAUGCAUUUUUUGGUUUGCAAUGCUGUAAUUUAUUUUUACUACUCCUUAGUGAUUCGUUUUGGGAGGGAGGGGGGGAAAAAAAAAAGGUCUCAUUUCCAGCUUGUUGGUUUGGGGUUUUUUUCUUCUCCCCCUUCCCCCCCCCAAGGUUCUGAAGCUCCUCGUUCAGAUGCAGGCAGUGUAAAAGAGGAAUAAAAUAGUCAGGAAUUCAA